AUGCCAGUCAAAAGAGAACUUCUUAUUGAUCCUUACACCUCUCAGGAAGGAGAAGAUGAGAAACCCCCUCAAACACCUACCAAGAAGAAGCCUUCCAAAUCGAUGACUCCCUCUCCAAAGAAAACCAAGACCGCCCCCAGCCCCGGAACCUCAUCUGCCGCGACCACCCCUAUCGACAAAGAUGGACUUAGCGCCAAAGGCAAAUAUGCAUUGAUGAUCAUCGAAAAAGGUAUUGAGAAAUUGGAUAAAGCUGAUGUGGAAGCUGCUACCGGCUUGAAAGCGAGGCAGCAAGCGGAUAUGACUAGGAAAGAUGGGAAAGGAGCUUUAUGGAAAUCCUUAAUGGGUGCUAUCGAGAAACUCUAA